AUGGGUGCGACGCCGCCGACGGCGCAUGCUCGCGGACUGACAACGCCGGUUCCGUUAGCGUCCAAUGACCGGACGACAGCCGCUCGAAAACCGCCAAGCGCAACCGCGCGAUCCAAGCCGAGCGUGACGCGCAACACACCACAGAAUGGGCUGCCAAAGGGCAUAAACUAUAAGCUGCUCCGUGCCCUGAAGCCUGGCAAACAACGCCAGGCGUAUUUAAAGCGCCUGAUGAAGCGUUGCGGCGCUGUGAAGCUGCAGCAAGUUACUGAGACUAUUUCUUCUGCUACGAUUGGUGCUCGGCCCUGGCUCUCGGUCAAUGCAAACGAGUCUUUGACUGCGAGCAAGUUGCCAGCAACGACGACGACCGAUAUCUCUUAUGAAGGAUGCUCACUACUCGAGAGUAUGGAGCCUCGAAAUGGCCGAAUCAGGUGUCGGUCGGCGCCUGCUGCAUUUUCGAGUGACGCGAUGCAGGAAGAAAUAUGCCGUGGGCUAGAGAACUAUGCGUUUGAGCUUGCCCGAGACGCUGCAAUGCCACCUGACGAUUUGGUCGACUAUGUGGUGUAUAUGGCAAGCAUCAAGGCAUCGAAUGUCGGAGAGCUCGUUGGGACCUUUGACGACUCUGCAGCAGUUGCUGUGGGCAUCGUUAUCGAGGAGUAUAUGGCACAGCUCGUAGAAGAUCAUGUGCUACAUCAACAGUCACUGUGUCUUCCAUCGAAAGCGAGCGUGCAGGCAUUCACGCAGGAAAUACUUCAUGGCUUCAACUGGCAGCUUUUUCAGCGCCAGCACCCGUGUUCGUGCUCAAAAACGGCAGACUCAGUUGUGACGCUUGUGGAUAAGGAAGCCAUGCUUGUGGACAAGCUAGCAGCAUUGGUUUUACACGAGUUUGUGUCUCUGCAACCGCAAGACUUCGAUGUUAAGGAUCACAAUCGCGACUUGCUUGCAUGGAUUCGAAGUGCGAUCGCCAUUCCUCCGUCACUGAUGACAGACGACGCAAGCUGCCGGUCGAGUGUUGAAAAAGUAGACGACCAGCAUCGCGGAGAGAUGAGCACUCGAUUCGAGAGUUGUCAGGACCCUGCAGUGGUGGAAGCGAGAGGGACUCCUCGGAUUCGCAUGUCUGUAAAAGCAAAUGCUGUGCACGGCAACCCCUCGUAUAAACUCCACUAUGCAGCAAAGUGUAUGGAUGGACAUCAUGUGGAGGCUUCAGUCGGUGGACUUGACAGCAAAGUCAAAGCAAAUGCGACGAUGUCGCAGCUAGCGAAGGUCGUGCAACAUCAUGAACAAAAAAGUAUGGGCACGCCGAAAGACUCGUUGCCAGCUCCGAGACCUCCUCCAGUGCUUCAGCCGCCACACUGUAAGGAGGGAGAAGAUCCAUACAGCAGCAUGUAUGAUCAUGUGUGGAAGCAUUUUGAUGAAUACGCGUGCCGGAAGCGGCAGAUGUCGAGCGACGCGAAUCGCAGCUCGACGUCGUCGGACGGUGAAGGUCGGACAACUAGCCGAGAACUACAGAGAAACGGCGAAGCAAGAGCUCAUUGCAGCGAAAUCUGA